AUGAUGGCUGGGCCCAGGACUUCUUCGCCACCCCCAGCUGUAGCCACCCCCCAAACUCAGACUGUACCGACAGAGACUGUUCCUGCCAAGGGCACGUCUGGGGUCAUGUCUGGGGGCACUACUCCUCCCACAGUCGUCACAGCCGCCACCGCUGACCCGUCAACUUCACAGACUGUUACUGACUUCAUCGAGGCUGUUGACAAUGUGCCUGAGGCAAGCGACAGCGACGCCGACUCUACUAUGGGAGACGAACAUUCAUCCUUUACAGCAUCGAUCACAUCAUCUAUCGUAAAAUAUCGCACGCUUAACGGUCGGACAUACCACAGCGAUUCCAUAGGAGACCACUACUGGGGCUCCAAUGAUCAGGCACAAAACAACCUUCUUGACAUUGGGCACCACGUGCUCACUUUGCUACUAGAUGGCAAGUUGUACGGGCCGCCGCUAAAAGAGCCAAUUGAAAGAGUUCUUGACCUUGGUACUGGCACAGGGUCCUGGGCUAUAGACUUUGCCGACGCGCAUCCCGAGGCCGAGAUAAUCGGCACCGACAUAUCGCCCAUACAGCCGACAUGGGUGCCGCCCAACGUGAAAUUGUGCUAUUUCUCUAUGAUUGACGACUUCAACAAGCCUUGGCUUUUCCCGGAAAACCACUUUGACUUUAUCCACAUCCGAUGGGUGCCUGGCACCGUCCACGAUUGGAAGUGGCUGUUUGAGCAGGCUUACCGCACCCUGAAGCCGGGCGGUUGGCUUGAGUCAUUGGACAACGACGGAUUCUUCCGCAGCGACGACGGUACCAUGAGCGAGACCACGGCCACCUACGAUUGGAAACGUAUUGCUAUUGAGGGUGCCAAGAAUAUGGGCCUCAAGCCGUCGAUUUGUACGGUACUAGAUGACCUAACGCGGCCAGCCAUAGAUGCCGCUGGAUUCGUCAACAUUUCCGAGACGUCAUAUAAGGUUCCCUACUCGGAAUGGCCCAAAGACCCCAAACUCAAGGAGAUUGGGCUGUACUGUCGCGCCAUGCUGGAAACUGACACAGAAGGCAUGAUCGGCCGACUGGCAAACGCAGUGGGCUUCACGCCGGAGCAGACCACUAUCUAUUCCGCGCUGGUACGAAAGGAGAUGCGCAGCCUGAACGUGCAUGCCUACUACUGUGCAAAGCAGGUGUACGGCCAGAAGCCAGAGGCUUAA